AUGCAUUCAAACUGGGCAGGACUACAAAAGGACUUGCUGGGUCAAGUUUUGUUAAGACUAGUAUCAUCGGAGGAUUAUGUGCGAUUUAGUGUUGUAAGCAAGUCAUGGUUUUGUUUGGCAAAGGAGAAUCAAAGGCAACACAUAUCAAGAUGUAGUCAACCUCCAAAGCUCUUGAUUACUGAUGAAGAGAAUUCAUGGAAACUAUAUGACAUCAUGAAUGAUAAGGUCCUCAACAUGCAUCUAAGGGUGCCAAACCGACGAUUUUGUGGUUCUUCAAAAGGAUGGUUGAUAUUCAUGGAUGAAAUGUUUGCAUUAAACUUAGUAAAUCCGUUCUCUGUGAAGCUUAGAAAGAAUAAAAGGGCAGAUGCAACCAUUAUUCGUCUUCCCUCAGUGACUGGUAAAAAGGAAUGGAUUACAAAAUGCGAUUAUUAUGUCUUUAAGGCUUCACUAUCAGCUGACCCGAUAUCAGAUCCAGAAAAUUCUGUUCUUACGGUGAUAUAUGGUGAGUAUGAUCGAUUAGCUUUUAUCAGACCCAGUAGUAAGGACAAGCGUUGGACAUAUGUUGAUAAGAGGUGGGGAACAAUUGAAGAAGUGGUUUAUUCUCGAGGUAUAAUAUAUGCAGUUGAUAACCGCAGCAAACUUUUUUCUUACAAUAUUAAUAGCUUCUCCAAGUUGGAGCUUGCACCAGAUCUUCCUUGGGAUGGUUUUAGCAAGAGAUAUCUUGCAUUGGAUUCAAAUAAGAAAGAGUUAUGGAUGGUUAAGAGGUACAUUAAAUACAUAAAAGAUAAACCCGAUUUCAAACGACGCGAGACCAUAAAAUUCAAAAUCUUCAAGAUCAAUCUUGACGAACAUGAGUGGACUGAAAAAGAAACCCUAGGUGAUGUUGCUCUCUUUGUCGGUGACAAUUCCUCGGUUGCUGUGGUGGCUACAGAUUUUCCGGGUUGUCGGUCUGAUUGCAUAUACUUUACCCAUGAUUAUGAUGCUAUAGAAAGCCGUCUUGAACCUUAUGGACCUAAUGAUUGCGGAGUAUAUGACAUAACGAGUCGUCGUGUAUUAAAACCUUAUGCAGAGGAUGUUGAGAAGUUGUUGAAGCUGACAAGUGGGCGACCUCCCAUCUGGAGCGAUCGUCGGCGAUGCAGGACUUUGCAGCGGCGGUGGAGCUUUGCAGUGGCCGGCUCGGUGAGGCAGGAGCGCGUCGAGGAGUACGUCGAGGCGAGGGCGUAUGGUGGGACAACGGCGGCGAGGCAGGAGAGCUUUGUAGUGGCCGGUGUGUGGGCUUGA